UUCGCACACGUUGGAUCAAAACAUACCGUAAACAACGUGCAACGUGCUACCGACCCGUACUGCAUGGUACGAAUUUACUUUGCAAAAAGUAUAAUUUCCUGAUUUAGUUCAAUAAAAACCUGCCCAACAGCAGCAAUGAAGCGCUUGUCAGAGCAACAAACAAAAGUUUUGUUUGAAAAAUUAUCAAAAUACAUUGGAACUAAUGUAAAACUGUUGAUCGAUCGUACUGAUGGAACCUACUGCUUCCGAGAGAUGAAAUCCCGUGUAUAUUACGUGUCAGAAAAAAUUCUGAAACUAGCAGAAUCGGUACCGAAGGACCAGAUGGUAUCGGUUGGGACGUGUUUCGGGAAGUUUACCAAGGGCAAUAAGUUCAUACUGCACAUCACGGCACUCGCCUAUUUGGCCCCUUACGCGCAGUACAAAAUAUGGCUGAAACCGGCCGCCGAGCAGCAGUUCCUGUAUGGCAAUAACGUAUCGAAAUCGGGUAUGGGACGUAUCACGGAAAAUACUCCCAUCUAUCAGGGUGUUAUAGUGAUGUCAAUGAACGAUGUUCCGCUCGGGUUUGGUGUGGCGGCGAAAUCAACCAACGAUUGUAAACUAGCCGAUCCGCUAAUAACAGUUUGUUUCCAUCAAGCGGAUAUAGGGGAAUAUAUUCGAUCGGAAGAGAACCUAAUAUAGGAAGGUAUAAUAAAAAUCGAAUACACGAAACCAUUUCCAUUCAA